AUGGACUCUGAAAAUUUUGGUUUUUGUAGGAAUCAUCAAAAUGAGCUUGCAAUUUCGUAUUGCAGAACAUCUAAAGAGUUUAUCUGCGAUACCUGUAAAAAUCACUCUUCAAAAGAGGACCACUUAAUUAGGGCAGAUUCAAAAGAAUUCAAGCAUCUGAGGUAUCAACUUGUGGAAUUGUUUUAUAAUGAAUAUAAAAAUCAAUUACCUCCUGAAAGGCUUGAGCAAUGCAUUUUAUAUAAAAGACUGUCAAAGCAAACCCAAGCGGAAAUUUUCACUGAUUUACUAGAGUUUGAUAAAAUAAUUCCUAAUACCAGCGAUGGUCUGCCAGUCACUUUUAUUGACAUCCAAACAGGGGCUUGGUACAGUGAUGAUCCCCAACGCACUAUUGGUGGACUAGAAGCGGUUAAAGAUAAUCGGAUGGACCUAAAUCGCAAGCUAAUUUUGAAAAUAAAAGAAUAUAUAAGGGAAAGUAAGGAUGAUGAUUUAUUUGUUAAGAGGCUCAGAAAUGAUAAAAACUCUAUUUAUGACUUAUCCCUAACUCCCUCCCUCCGUGAGUGAACAAAAUCAUUAGAAAAAUCCUUAUUUUUUUGCCCAAAAACCCACCCUCCGUAACGAACACAAAUUUUUAAUAGAAAAAAUUUGAUAUAUAAGUGAAAAUUAUUAUAAUGAAAUCUCGAGCUAAUUCUGUUUAAUUUUAAACAAAUUGCGUUUUUAAAAAAUAAAUUUUACAAAUUAAAUUAAUAUUUGCUUUCCAAUUUUUGCGAAUCAGGAUUUUUUUAAAUUUCGAAAAAAAAAAAUUCUAUAAAAUUUUAUAUGUAAAUUUUUUAAAAAAAAAAUUAACCCCAUGAGAGCGAACAAAAUUUUUUUGUUCACUCGCGGAGGGGGGGAGUAAGAAAACUCAUGCAAUAUCUCAAAGACCUUUGAUCAAUUAGAACUAAUCAAGUGAGGCUAUUUUCACCAAACACAUGCGAAAAAUGUGACUCAGAAACUGAGAGGAUAAGAAUACCCUGUUUAAAAAAGCAUUUAAUAUGUCAAAGGUGUUUACUCCGUUAAUGAAAAAAAUAUUUUGAUAUAUAAGUGAUAAUUAGUAUAAUAAAAUAUUGAGCUGAUUUAUUUAAUUUUGAACAAAUUGCAUUUUAAAAUAUAAAUUUUACAAUCUAAAUAGAUAUUUGCUUUUCAUUUACGAAUUGGGAUUAAAAUAAAUCAUACUAUACAUAUAUAUGAAUUGUUUAAAAAAAAUUAACCCCACAGAGGGGAGUGAUUAAAUUAAUUAGGAGUUGAGUUGGAGAAUUCAAAAAUAAACUCAAGAUAUUAUUGUCCUAUAGACUUCGAUACCUUUCCCGACACUUCUAUACGAUAUUUCUGAGAAAAAAUUCCUAAUUCUCCCCCCUCCCGUCGCGAAUAAAAAAAUUUUGUUCAUUCAUGGAGGGGUUUAAUUUAAAAAAUUUAUAUAUAAAUUUCAUAUUAAAUCUUCAAAAUUAAAAAAUAAUUUCCAAUUCGUAAAAAUUGAGAAGGAAAAUUAAUUUGAUUUAUUUUAAAAUGCAAACUGUUUAAAAAUAAACAGAAUUAGCUAGAGAUUUCAUUAUACUAAUAAUCACUUAUAUAUCAAAAAUUUUUUCUUACUCCCCCCAAUCCUUGAUCGAACGACUCGCCAUCGUUCGAUCAAGGAUGGAGGUUAAAAAAAAAUGUUUUGGAAAAAAAGUUUUAUAUAUAAAUAAAAUAUAUAUAUAUAUUUUACUUUUAAAUAAGAGGGUUAAGAGUAUUUACUAAUUAUUUUUACACACAAAAAAUUGAAUUAAUUUCAUAAAAAUACCAAUUUUUAAUAUUUUGAUUUAUUAGUCACACCUUUAAACUGUAUAAAUUUAAUUUGUUCCUUAUUAAAUUAAAAUUUAUUUUUUUAAAAAUUUUAAAGAAUCUCUAUUUUAUUAGAUUAUUGAGUUUUUAAGCCUAGGUUGAUGAUUAAGUCACUUCGAAUGAUUGAUUCCAAAGCUUUCUGUCGUCUCAAAGUCUCUGAAAACAACUUCAUUAUGUACAUCUUCCCAAGCUUUUGAUAACUAAUAUAUUUUUAUAUAUAGAAAUUUGCAUGGUAUGAAAAUCGUUCGAUCAAGGAUGGGGGUUAAUUUCCCCAAUUUUUAGGAAUUUUUACAGUCAAUCGUUCGAUCAAGGAUGGGGGGAGUUAAAAAGUUUUUGUUCGCUCACGAGGGUGGGUAUUUAGGCAACAAAAAAAAAUUUUUUCUAAUGGUUUUGUUUGCUUAUGGAUGGGAGUAAAUGUCUGGGAUGUAAUACUCAAUUCAAUUUAACUCUUCAAUCUCCCAAAAUCCUUCCUUGUUUAAAUACCUUAUGCCUAAACUGCGUAAGCGAUGCAGGUUUUUCAACCUCAAAUUGCAGAUUCUGCACUCAAUUACAUCCUGAAUCUUACUUUAAGCAAUCCAGACUAAUAACUGAUUUUAUUUUAUUCCAUCAAAUUCGAUGCUAUAAACACCCAAAAAUAACUGACAUCACAAUUAAAUCUGACUCCAUGAAGCCAAUGUGCAUAGACUGUAAAAAGGAGCCAGAAAAUGAAGGUGCAGUAUUUUUUAAUGAAAAUAUAGCAGAAAUACUUCGAAUUUUUAUUUUGGAAAGAAAAGAAAGCAAUCAUAGAUCAGUUUUUAAUGAUGUGAAGCAUUGAAGGUAUUCAAAUCAGCAAAUGAUUGAUUUAAUAUAUUGGCUUCUGAAUGGGAAUAUAAUAAACUUUAGGCCCAUUCUUAGAGGAGUUUCUGUGUGUUAUAACGAUAACAUUGAAAAUGGGAAUACUGUGCUAACCAGAUUCCAUAGUCUUAUGCCCCCUCUUAUAAGCCAUGAUGAGAACUCUAUUUACUCUCCAUGAAAAAUUAACGCGAUUCUUGACCAAGUUGAAGUUUUAACUUUCAGGACUUCUACCCCUGGGGUUGCUAUUACUGGGUUUGGAAUUUCAGCACCUUUAAAAGAUGCCCGAAAUGCUUGCAUUAGAUAUAUUGCAAUAGAAAAAGGAGAAGUUGCAAAAAUGAUACCAUACAAUAAUCUAAUAAAUAACGUAAAUUUCACUGGGGAAAAAAUUGUUGAAGACUUUUAUUUUGAAGAUUUUCCGAUUGAUAAAGAUGAUUGAUAUACAAUUCAGGUAAAAAUAGAAGCUGAAGAGGUGUUUAGAGGGAGUCCUCUUGACGGGCCUCUUAUUAAUAUAGGGUCUGAUGGCACCAGCUUUGAAUUCUCUAGUAAAGUUCUUGCUAGCCACAAGUCGAUGAACAUUUCAUACCAAAAUUACUUGCAUGGGCCUAUUAUAAAAAUCUAUUAUAACAGAUAA